CCCGGCCCUAGGCGUGUGGGUGCCCGUCCCCUCAGGGCGCGGCUGGGCGGGCCUGGCGAUCUCACCGAGCUGGGCCGCAAGCGCCUUGCAGCCCGUUCUGACACCGGCCUGUUCACUCAGUCGGGCCCCAGGGACCGGCCUGGCUGAGCUCACAGCGCGACUUGACAACCCUGCCUGGCGGAGCUGUCGUGUUGAGCCAGUGUCGGGGCACCUCAUUCACACAACGCCUCCGUACAGAAUAAAGUCUAGUCCUCAGGCGGGCUCGGUGAGAGCUUCCUGUUCUUCGCUAGUAAACAAACCCCGGGGGGGCUUUUAUGAAUUCAGUAAAAGUAACCACAUUUCACAGUACUUCUGAGCAGCUUUUCCAUUACCAAAAUUUCCAAUUUCUUUAAAAAGGAAACUGUUGGUAAAUCAUUAGAGGAGAGAGGCCUUCCAAUUGCAUCUAACACAAUGGAACGUUCCUUAUUCAAAUAUUGCUGAUUUUAAAACAAGAUUCAGGACUAAGAUCACUGGGUCUCAAGUGAUGAAUGUAUAUUUAGGGGUCCAGCAUUUGGUGUUCUGGCUUUUCAGCUGCCUUGGGGCUUGAAUCUGUUCUCACUGUGGUCAGUGGCAGUAGAAGUAAACCCUUCGUGUAUGCAGAAGUCUGAGCAGGAGUUUUUCUCUUGUCUUGAGGUGAUGCUGUCUUCUAUUUGCAGCUGUAGAAAGGGUAUCCUGAACUCUUCUGGGAUAUAUAUGAAACUAAUGUUUAUAACCAGCUUUUGAAUUCUCCGACUGCUCUGUAAAUGGCUCUGCUGCUGAAUCUCAUAAGGCAACUUCUAGAAUAUUUUGGUGUACCAGCUGAUCAGACCCUUAUCAUGGGAGGUGCUGUGUACAUACAGCUCCUAUGGAUUUCAAUAGAGAUCACAGGGACUCACCAUCUUUGGAUCAGGACCAUAAUGCUAAGAGAACCUAAUGUGUCAGACUGUUAUUCAACUCUUUUUGUUCAUACCAAGGUGGGAAGCUCAUAUAGACAACAGCAGCAUUGGCCAUAUGAUUGAAACAUGUCUUCCUUCAACCCCCUUCUCAAGAAGGCACUUUCAGCAGGUAUAUGCUAUCAUAAGGAAAUGUCAGGUGAAGAUUAUAGCAGCUUGGCAAAGUAAGGAAUAUGGAUCUACGCGAAGCAUUGUUCGUAGACUUGGGACAGUUCUUUCUUUAGAACCUUGUCCAAGACCUCAUUUUCAGAUGGUCCAAGACCGGAAUUCUUUGGAUUAUGACGAACAAAGUACAACUCCAAACCCUGUAGUUCCUUCUCUUGGUGAUAUUCUGAGGGUGGUAAAUGAUGAGGGAGAAUCUUUUGCUAGAUUUAGGGCUGAAUCAAGGGGAAAGGAAAUAAUUACAGUUGACCAUGAUGUAUCUCCAGCUAUAGUUUCCUUGCCAACUGUUCUAAAAAGUAGAACUGAGAAAGAAAAUCUUGUGAAUGAAGAAGCAAUUAAAAAAAUUUCUGCACUUGAAAAUGAGUUAACCCUUCUUCGUGCCCAGAUUGCUGCAAUUGUUGCAGUGCAAGGAUCAAGAAAUAAUAAUCAAUCAGGUUCGGAUGUCUUGAAUUCAUUUGGCAUUCCAAGUGGUUCUUUCCCAGUGCCAGAAAUGACUUCUACUCCAUUGUUCACCGCAUCAGAUCACUUUGUAAUCCCUCCACCUCCCCCACUUCCCUCUAUAGCACCAUCUGGCUUUGAUGCCAGUAAUUCGGCAAUUGAACUUAUUAAACAACGUCGUGCUGCAAGUAAGACCAGCUCAACAACUGUGGACAAAACUGAACACCAGAAGACCCAGGGUGUUCUUAGUAUGAUGGAUGUUUUGAAAGAUAUAAACAAAAUCCGACUGCGAACUAUUGAGAAGUCACCUGGUGGUACACCUCUUCCUAAGCCAAGAAAAAGGCGGAGUUCACAGUGGGAUCCAGCAGCUCUAAUAGCUCAGGCUCUAAAGCAGAAAUUUGCACAUCAAAAUGGCAAUGAUUCAUUGGACAAAGAAAACCGAUCUUGUGACAACUCUCCCUUUUCCAGUCCAGAAGCCCCUCUGGUUGGACGUCACAUUUUGAAGCCAAACUCAAAGAACAGCCUCAUAAAAGCUGAGGAAGUAACACAGGUGUCAACAGCAAAAGCAAGGGUACAUAUUUAACUGGUGGCGCUGUGUGGGAAAAUCCAACAACUGGCAUGCUUAUGAGUGGCAGGACCAUUUCAGGAACAAUUUCAUAAAAUGUGUACACUGGGAUAUACUACUCCCAUGCCCCAGGAGCUAUGGUUUAUAAAACUAGCUCUUUUGAUUUGAGUGUCCCAAUAGCCAAGCUUGUCAGUGUGUUGUCUGCUUAUAAAAAAUACUUUAUUGGCAUUUAUUACUUUAUAGCUGCAGAUCAGAUAUUUGCAGAUAACUUUUUAGAUACUCUGAAUGGGAAGCAGAUCAUAUAAAAAAGACUGGAUGUUUCUCUGUGUGGAGGCUGAAGUAUACAUGGGAGUGUGGAAACAGAAUAUUAAUAGCUCAGAAAAUUAAGUUUUUAGUGAAGCAGGUAUGUACUAUAUAAUCAAUAAUAAUAUUGUCCCUCACUGAGAGGGUAGCAGGUCUCCCUGAGCUUCAUCAUAGCUUCCUAAAGCAACUCAGUAUUCCAUGUGUAAAUAAUCUCUUAACUUAUUCUGGAUCAACAGAGAAGUCCUCCUUACUAUGUAGUGAUGGUACUUGCCUUGUUUUAAUUAAGUCAGAUACGAACUGUGUGUUAACUGCCUGCAAUGAGAAAAAUUUACGUUCUGUAGCAAAAAAGGGCUCUGGAGAGACUUCUGCUUUCACAGGCAUAGUCUAAAAUCAUUACGUAAAUAAACAUUCAUUGACUAUGGUGUCUUUCCCUUUUGCUUCCAUAUUUUAGGUCAACAUUUUGUUGUUUUGUACAUAGUUUAUAAAAUAAAUUUC